UCAAUCAAUAAGUGAAAAUAUAGUAAUAUUCAAAUGAUUUAUUAAAUUGGCAAACAAUACGUUAAUCAUUCAAUGAAAAAAGUAUUUGAAGAAAACAUUGAGUUUUAAGAGAAAUAUUUAAGAAGGCUAAAUAGCGGAAAAUAUCAUUAGAGAGGUACAAUAUAAUAAAAAUGGCAUGUUUAGAUUAGUCACAUUUUAUUUACACCAACUGCUUUGAAAAAUUGUAUUAAAAUAUAUAAGUUUCAUUUUAAUUGAUAUUUCUCAAAUGAAAAUAGAGUUUAAACAACAUAAACCGAUAUAAUUUCCUUGAGGUAUUUUACAGAAAAUUAUUAAAUGAUAAGAUGAUAGUUUUAACAAACAAACAGUAUUUCUUAUACAUGUAUUCUAAUCCAUUAUAGUUCAUAUUCAUUAGCAUAUCAAAUUUUAACAGAUUGGGUCUGUUAUAAAUUUCGGUCUAAUAUAUUAUUUUUUUCUAGUAUGAGAUAAGGAAGAUCAUUCUAAUAAAAAGUGGUAUUCGUUCCCAAUAAUACUUUGACAUAGUGUACAUAGCUAUUCUAUUCCAAUUUCUUGUUUCUACAUAUGUAGUCUUUUGUUUCUUGUCCUAAAUUUUACUAUAUACUUGAUCCUUUUCGAGUAAAUAAUUUUCAAAUUUGAAUUUUCAAGAAAGGAAACAUUAUCAAUUAUUUCAAGCACACGUGUCAAACAUCAAACAAUGAUUGAAGUAUUUAUUUGUUCUUUCGUUUUUAUAAUACUUUUCUUACACAAAUGAAAAGAUAAAAUUGUUAUAAAAUAUUUCUUGCUAAUGAAAUCAUGUCCAAAUAUGAUUGAUAUAGUUGAUAUAAUCAAAGUCCGUAUGUGAAAAGAAGUUUCUCCUAUCACGGUGUAUAAAGUCAUUUCCGUACGAUACCCGGGUUGAGCGCCCGUCAUCUUAACCACUAGACCACCGCUCGUUCCCGUUAUUAUGAUUACAGGUAAUUUUCAAUUGUAAAAUGUGUGGAAAAGUUUAGAAGUGCUUUGUUAACUGUAUAUGCAACAGCAUGUUGUUAAUACCGUUUGCACAAUGCAAGGCAUAGUAUACGUACUGUAUUGUUACCGUAUAGCGUGAUUUUAUUAAUAACAUUAAUCAUGCGCUCUAUUCAAAGACACGCUCAGUUCUGUAAACAUGGUAAUGUUGUAAUGAAUAAGAACACUAUUCAGUACAUCUUAUUGAAUUAUAAGGGAUACUUCAAAUCAACUUUAUUAAAAAUAAGUUAAAUAUCAUAGAUUAAUGGCCAUUCAUUACUAACUUGGAUGUAUUUCUGUAUUUAUUCGAAACGUCACAGUAAUUAAAAUGCCUUUGGUUGUCGAAGACACUAGCGACCUUGAAGUGUCUUUUACAUAUGCCGGUUACGAACGGGAAACGGAAGCUUCUUUUCUUCUGUCAGGGAAUAAACUGACAAAAACAUUAUCAAAUUCGACGCUUUCAAGCGAGAGUGUUGACGGAGGUACCCAAAAUGGAGGGAAGAUGCACGCGCCAACAUCACAUGGUGUUUUAGUAAUGGCGGCUUGCUUGUAUAUGAGUAUGUCUAGUUUUGGAAUGACUUCUGCUCUCGGGGUUGUUUAUGUGGAGCUGAUAUCGUCAUUCCAAUGUCUACGAUCAGAGGCAGCACUUGUGCAUGGCUUGUACAUGGGUGUUUCAUUAGGUGGUGGACUUCUCUUCAGGAAGGUCGUAACAAAGUAUGAUACUGGCGCAUGCGUAAUGACAGCUGCUGUUUUUGCUGGUGUUGCAAUGGCUUGUGGGAGUCUGGCAGGUGACAUUGGCACAGUUAUAGCCUUCGUAGGAGUUUAUUUGCAAGUGUUAAUAUCCUCGUUUCAUCAAUAGUUAUCAACUGGACGUUUGUUAAUAACAAUAAAUUUGCUCUUGGUGUUCUGCCAUUAGGCUCUACAAUUGGACAGACUGCAAUGCCAUACAUUGCUGAUGCCUAACUGAAGCAUAUUCGUGGAGCGGAUGUUUGAUAAUUUUGAGUGCUCUAGCAUAUCUAAACUGCAUUCCAUGUGGAUUAAUUAUUCACUUUUCCAAAAGAUAUUUUCAUACAGGAGGGAAAACUAACACCAAAGGCGAUAGUGCGUCUGUUGCGAGCUUUUUGACCGAUGGUGCUUUCAUGGUGUACAUAGUGUCAUCAUUUAUAUUUAUAACAUUUGGUCCGGUUGAACUAUGGUUCGUUGUGGACGUGGCUGUUCUAAAGGGCUUUGGGGUUCAGUCAGGCGCAAUUUUGCUUUCUCUUAAUGGAAUAUUCGGAUUUGCUGGCAGAAUUAUAUCUAUCGUAUUUUUGAAAUUUUAUCCAAAGACUCGGCCGGAAAUACACAUGUGUUACGCGUUUACAAUUUGGGCUGUAGCUCACCUCGGUGUUAUUGCCUCGCCAGUAUACUGGGGAAUGUUCUUGUCGAUGAUACUCCGUAGUUUAACAGCGGCUAUAGUGACAGUAUUUAUACCGUCUUUGCAACUGGAGCUCCGAGGGUCAGAAAGCUUUCCAACGACAGUUGCUAUAACUUAUAUGAUAAUGGGUGUAGGGGAUAUAAUAGGGGAAUAUCUGGGUGGUUAUAGCGUUGAUGUAACAGGGUCGUAUAAUCUAAUUUUUUACAUAGCUGCGGUAGGUACUCUGUACUGCGGAAUUAGUAUGCUUAUUAUUUAUGUGAUCUUCAAAAGGAGAAAACGUCAUUCCGGACAGUAUCAAGAACUAUCAUGAUCAAGACGCUUCGAAUAUUGCUUUCGUUGACAUGGGUCAUGCAAAAUCCACUCGAGUCGCGUAUAGCAUCCCAAAUAAAGCUAAUGUUAUAACAAUUAUACUGUAUCUGACCUAAACGAACACAUCACCUCAACGUCCCUUAUGUUUUAUAUAGCUUACAGUGAUUGAAAACAAAGAAUCUGUCUGUCUGGCUGUCUGUCUGUCUGUUAUUUUAGUAUCAUUUUGCACUGAAAAUGGUAAUUUUUCAUGACAAUUACAUAAAUUCUUUGGACAUUCAUUUCAAAGUAUUUUGUAUGCCAAAGACGAAAGAAAAAUUGCACGCUGUGUAAGUUGCAAUACUUUUCUUCAAAAGUGAAAAAAUAACCACAGCGGUGUCGGACACUACUUAGUUCGUCGAUGAAUUCUGAUCACGCAAAAUAUACAGCUAGUGAACUUGUAGCCUUUCCGCGGCCGUAACGUAGUAUCUACUGUAGAUGAGGUCCAAAUAAUGUCUAGUGUAUGUCAGGAUGCUGGUUAUAUGACCCAGGGAAGUGCCUACGCCAUGGUUUGGGUCCACUCGCUAAUGUGACUAUGUCUUAGACUAGCUGACAAACGAUGUAGAAUGUCCUUUGUUAAAACGUAGAGCUGAUGAGACCAAAUAUCUCAUAUAUAGAAUUUUCCUCUGGCUACCUUGCCUAAAUGAUUCGCGUACCAAUGAGUCGUAAAUGAUUUCUUAUUAUGAGCUAGACAAUUUUAGGGAUCAGGCAUAUCACUAAAUGUUUCAAACUAACAAUCUUCAAUUAACUCCUAUAGGCUGGAGACUCUAUACUUGACUGGUCUUUUUGUUGAAGUUCCCGUCAGACAAUGUCUUUGAAUCAACAACAUACGAGUCUUAUCGCAUAGAUGCUCGGCCCCUGUCCUCUCAACUCUGUAUGAAUGCCCUGACUCCUGGAUGCUCAGCGCCUAUAUGCUAUUAUAUGUAGCAUUCAACUACCAUAUAGGUAUAUCCCCGGUGCCUUGGCUGUACUUCGCCAAUAAUGCUGAACCUUCUAUAAUCUGGAACUCUCCUACUAUCUCAGUAGAUUACCAAACUCUGGGUCUCUGUCUCAGCUUCCCGAUGCUCAGCCUAUAUAUGCUAUCGUCUAUAGCAUUCAAUUAUCUUUAAGGUUAAACUCCUAUGCGCUGGCCCUAUAGCUCGAAACCUUAUUGAAUUUCUGCAACUCUUCUUUAGUCUAUGAACUUCAAAAAUCUUCUUUUUAAUAAUUUAUCCGCCCUGACAGGGUAACUGCAAUAGUCUCAUUAUCAAGGUACUGGGAUAAAUUAUUAGUUGAAUCCUCGAUGUGUCUUCUUCGACCGCUGGAUACCGAAUGAGCUCUCUGUCACCCAUCUACCUAUUUAUACCCCAGCAGACGUGCUAUUUUUAGAACUUGUUUCUGAUUGGUCCAAAUUUAAACACAACGUUUUACAACGAGUACUUGUUCUAUCAAAUAUCUGGUUCCCUUUAACUUUUGUAUAUGACAUAAUGUGCGAAGCUGGGACCCAGCUAUCCAUAUAAUGAACCCAAAUCAGCCAUAAAUGACCCAAAUUCUAUUAUUAACAGCAAUUUAACAAUAAUUAUAGUAAUGACAACAUGAAAAGGGAGUCAAGCACUAUCUAUGCUUAUGUGUUACGUUAUCAAUAUAUUAAAUAUACAAAUUAUUCUGACAGUGUACCCAAAGGCUCCUCAUUGUUUUCUGCUAUAUGUAAAUUACCUGCCAGAGUACACUGUUUCACAGGUUCGGUUGUUCGAUGACGACACUGCAACUUACAUCUAGGUUAAUCAUAGUUUCGAAGAAAGGAGCAUACAAUAAGGUCUUGAUAGGUUACGUAUCUGCGCGAACAAAUGGGACAUUGAAUUCAACACUUCAAAAUGGACAAUGCAAAAUAUCCCAUUUACAUACAAAUUUAAACUCCACGAUUUAUCGCUGGAAAGAGUUAGUGAUGCCAAGUACCCGAGUAUCAGUAUUUUAUCAGAACUCUUUUUGCCAUCGGGUAACUACUAAAUCAAGUCGAGCCCUCACCUUCCUUAACAUGAUUAUUCUUUCCAAUGUUUCAAACCCUAGGGAAAUCGCUGACAAAAUUUGGUACACCUCGGCUAUAGUAUUCUGUCUUUGUCGCGAUGCUAUAUGCUAGAACUAGACACACCGUCCAGAAAACUAAAUGGUUCAGAGUACAUGAUUGGUGCCUGUAUGUUAAGCAACUUGUGGCGGCAUUCCCUUGAUGAUAAAAUAUCUGAUGCCAGACUCCUUAUGUCAUACGUUAGUACGUGGACUGGUUGCAGUAAAUAGUCCCUCACACGUCAGUGCCUGAUCCAGUUUUACUACUCAUAAUCAACAUAUUUCUUACAUGCAGAUAUUUAAGUAUUCCUUCUUUCCAGCAGCUGUAGUUUUAUUUAAA